UCGGCCUCUCUAGCACUCGGACUCCAUGAGUGUCUCCGUUCUUGUAGCGCUGCUCACUGCUCUUUUAGUGGCCACAACUCAUUGCCAUGAGUUCAUCCACCCUCUUUCUAACCUGAAAAUUGCUGCAACAGUUCAACAGCUCGACGACAAUAUAAGCAUUGAGGCCGCUCCAACAGUGUUGCAAACAUCAGGAAGUUUUGUGCAAGUUACAUGGUCAGGAGUGAGCAAACCAAGCAAACAUGACUGGAUCGGAGUCUAUGCACCAAGGGAAGCCGACUAUACAAAAAAGGCACCGAUUAAGUAUCAAUAUGCUCACGCUAGUUCUACUCACAUGUCACAUGGUUUUGGGAGUUUGAGGUUUCAUAUGGUGAAUAUGAGAACAGACAUUGGAUUUGUGUUUUUUCGUCAUGGUAUACAUCAUCCAGCUGUAGCAUCAGUUUCCAACAGAGUAAUAUUUCAAAAUCCAAACGAGCCAUUGCAAAUACACUUAGCUUUGACUCACAAUCCAAGAACAAUAAGUGUUUCGUGGGUGAGUGGGGCAGUUAGUAAUCCACAGGUAAAGUGGGGUGAGUUAUCAGAGAAGUACUCACACUGGUCUAAGGCGGUAUGGAGUACGUACAGUGCAUCUGAUCUGUGUGGUGAACCUGCAGCAACGCUUGGAUGGAGAGAGCCUGGGUGGCUUAUUGCUGCUAAUAUAACAAAUCUACUUCCUGAUACCUUCUACUAUUAUAUUGUGGGAGAUGAUAAAUAUGGUUGGAGUAAGGAAUUGUCUUUUGUAUCACCCAAACUACCCAAUUCGUCUGUUACAACAAAGGUUGUGGCUUUUGGUGAUAUGGGCAAUGGAAUGGUAGAUGAAAGCUUACAACACUGGGAACAGCAACCAUCUCUCAAAACAACAAAAUUGAUCUCUCAACGUAUCUCUGAGACUGAUAUUGUUUUGCACAUCGGAGACAUGUCUUAUGCUGUUGGAUAUGCUGCAGAGUGGGAUGAAUUCUUUGAUCAAAUCUCACCGAUUGCAUCACAUGUACCUUACAUGGUGUGUAUUGGCAAUCAUGAACGAGAUUUUCCACACUCCAAUGGAUAUUUUGAUGGUACAGACUCUGGUGGUGAGUGUGGUGUUCCACACGAGCGGCGAUUUCUUAUGCCAAGGCCACGUCCAGAUGAGCCAUGGUAUGGUGUGAAAUAUGGGAAUAUUCACUUUAUAUUCAUGAGCACCGAGCAUGACUGGAGGCCAGGAUCAGCCCAAGCUGUAUUUCUCGAACGUGAGUUGGCAUCAGUCAAUCGCUCUCAGACACCAUGGGUUGUUUUCUCUGGACACAGACCGAUGUAUGUUGACAGCACUGAUGCUUUCGGUCGUGGUUCUGAUACCGUAGUUUCGAAAUCAUUGAGACAACACGUAGAGCACCUGUUGCAGUUGUAUGGGGUGGACUUGGCAUUAUGGGGUCAUCACCAUUCAUACCAACGAAGUUGUCCUGUGUACAAUGAAACAUGCACGGCAUCCGGUACUACACACGUUGUUAUUGGAAUGGCGGGACAGUCUUUAUCACACACAUUUCGACCAAUAAAGCCAGUGUGGGCUGUUUAUCUGGAUGAUAAGCAUCAUGGCUAUUCUCGAUUUGAAGCUAACGGAACUCACCUGACAUUCACGUACAUCAGGAAUGAUGACAACGAUGUCCAUGAUCAAUUUACUCUUGUCAAGUAGCCUACAAACCCUACACUUUGACAUCCUUUCUUGGCAGCUCUACAUAUUAUCUCUGACUACACUAUUGUUGUGUUCUAUUACAAUAAUAUGACAAAUGACUGUAUGUUAUUAUAAAUUAUUUAUGUCCCACAAGCACA